AGUACGUUCAUUUGUACAGAGAUUUUGAUGUUGUGAGGUAUGUUGGACUAAUUUUCCUGGAAGAUUUUCCUUUGUAGCCGAUUGGAGCCUCGUCGCUGAAGCUAUGGAGCUUCAAGCCCGACUUAGUUUUGUGACGAUCUGUCUCGUCUUAGCGGCAUUAUUCCCAGCAGCAUGGACUGUGGAGUUGACAGUAAAGAUUCCGAAUAAGAUGUGCUUUCAUGAGGACAUCAAAACUGACACAAAAUUCACAUUUGAGUAUCAAGUAAUAGAAGGAAGUGACUACCACAUUGAUCUGUCGCUGCAUGGACCGGACAACAAGGAAAUCUACAACCAGCAGAAGCAGCAGUACGACUCGAUCCACCAUACUGCUGCCGUAGGUGGUGUGUAUGCUGCCUGCUUCUCUCACACCAGCCUGAGCAGUAAAACAGUGUAUUUUGACUGGGUGCUGGGAGAUGCUGAAGACCACCUACCAGUCAGCCAUCACCAGGCACUCACUGCCCUGGAGUCAUCGACCAUGUACAUCCACGACAGACUCAAGGUUGCAGUGGACUACCAAACUCACUUUCGCCUGAGAGAGUCUCAGGGCCGCGACCAUGCCGAAACCAUUAACGAAAUCGUAGCUUACCUAUCCCUGGCAGAAGCCAUCAUCUUGGUCGUCAUCAGCAUCCUGGAAGUCUACAUCCUGAGGAGCUUCUUUGUGGAUAGGCGAGCGAACAUCUAAGUUACAAGUACUGUAUGUAUUCACACCUGUAUAAACCACCAUCUCAAGGCAUGGGUUUGUAUGCUUUUUUCCCCCACGCAAGUCCUAACUUCUGUACAUAUCUAAACUCAUCUUGCUGCUACCCAUGUCUUGCUAGUUUAGCCAGUUUCACAUCAGCUGUCCCUCUUUGUAUGCUACGUAAGUUUUUUGAGAGAAGUGCCGAUAAUGCCUUCAUUGCAAAAAUACGAACAACUUUUUAAAGUAAAUUGUAGCGCAUGUGCAUGUACAGGAACGUUUGAGGUCUGGCCUCUGGUGUUUCUGGCAUUGUAGCGGAUAUUCAGGGCUCAUUUUUGCCUGUAAUUUAUGACCGCUUGUAAACUGUGCAAAGAGCUCGGGGUUUGUAGAGCGAAGUUUCCUCGAAUCGCGACUCUGCGUUGUUUUGCAAUUCAGGCGUACUGUGCAGUCUAA